CAGUCCUUCUCUGCUUUGGGGUCGGUGGUCCGUGAGUCGGUGGCCGUGAUCCCCAGCUGCCGGAAUUGCCUUUUAUCCACUCAGAGCUGAUUCAGCACAGUUGCUGGGUUUGUUAAGUUUCAUUCUUAUCUUGGGAGUUCUGCCAAAUGUCCUUGUGGCCUGUAAAUUCUGCGUUCUUUCUGCCCGCUAUCAGUGGUACAUCCUUCUCUCCAAGCACUGUUAAGCUCACUCUAGGUCUGAGAUCACUGAAGCAUGUCCAGCCCUAAACUUUAACAAAGAGACCUGGACUUCACUUAGGGCUCGUUAACUGUGCUGUUGUUUCAUGGAGAAAAUCUCCCUUCUUGAUGAUUAGGCUUGAAAGUGUACAAAGACCAAACAUCAAAGAACAUUCUUGCUUAAGAAAGUUUUUAGGUAUUACACAUUUUGCAGCAAUCAGGCAGGACCUUGUUUCAUAACCCCCUUCUCAUUCCUUGUAUUUUGGGCUAAUUGUUAACUGUUUCUGACUUCUGAGACAUAUUUUAGCAGCUAAUCAGAAAGUUUCCUACUGGUGUGAAAGGCAGCUCGUUUUUCAGUCCUUACUUUUCUUGAACACUCACCAAGGGAGAUACACACCUGUUCUCCAAGAGCUUUGGAAAAGAAGUUUUUUUGAGGGAUGGAAGGAGGAGCAGGUGGACAGACCUUUAUGCUGCCUGGGAAGGUUCAUACUUGCCCAUGUUACCUUGUUUUACCUGGUCUGCCAGACUUCAGGGUUCUCUUGGUCUAUGGAAAAUGUACAGGAAGGGUUUUAAGCAAAAGAUAAAGGUUCUACUUUGGUCUUUGCUUUUCCGCUAAGAUUACAGAAAUUCUUAGCCUACAUUUUUAGUUACAAAUGCUUCAACAAGUGCUCCAGCAAGGGCUGAAGGAGGUGUCCCAGUGCAACAUCAAGCUAAAUGUAUAAUGAUGUGAAACAAGAUCUUCUGUUACCUCAUGCUGUGUGUCUUUUUUGAUCCCGGAAUGUGGCAUGCUACCUGAAGUGCUGAAAAGCACAGUUGCAGAUAUUGGAGAGUACUACCUGGUGAGGAAUUUACCCCUUCAUGAAUUGGUUGCUCAUGAAUUCAUUGAUGCUUUCGUGAAGAAAGGUUCAUGCUACGCACUUACCUAUAGGACAAAAAUUGAUCAAGAUAAUACUGCAGCUCUGCUACCAAAUGGUAAACUAAUUCUGUCAGUGGAUAAGGAUACUUAUGAGGAACUUGGACUGCAAGGUCGUCCUUCUCGGUAUUCAGGCAAAAAAGUAAUGAGAUAUAUUAUCACUAUUGACUUGACUGAUGCUGGCUUUCACCCUGAGAGCAAGAAACAUAACAGAGUGCUUUGGGCCUUGAAAGAAAAGAAACCUUUAGAAUUUGACUUCCUACUGGCUUGGUAUAAUACAGGUGCAGAGGGAUCAACAUUGAUGUCAUACUUUUCAAAAAACCAAAUACAGGCCCUGAAGCCAAAAAUAACAUUCAGCACCUUAAGGGACUUGCAGUGUCCAGUGUUACAAAGUAAUGAUCUGCAAGGAAAACCGGAGGAGUCCUGCAGUACAGAGGAGCUGUUUGAAUGGCUGGGUGCUGUCUUGAAUCAAGUCAGCUUAGACAACAAAUCCUCCAGCUUCUUAUCAACCUAUUGCUGUCCUGAGCCCAACACAGUGGUGGAAAAAGCUUUUUUAUGCACAAUCACAGGCUUUAUAAUUCCUGAGAAGAUCAUUCAGUUAUUGGAGCAGCUGUGUUGCUAUUUUGGUGAACCAAAACUGGCGUAUUGGCUGACCUUAACUGUGCAUGGCUUUGCAGACAGCCCUGUCUCCUGGAGAGAAAGUGAACAUGGUUUCCACAAAGGAGGAGAGAACUUGUACAACUUUGUCAUUUUUAGAAAUCUGGAUUACUGGCUUCAGAUGGCUGUAGGAGCUCAUGAUGAUUGUCCUCCAUAAAGCUAUGUCCACAGCAGAAGUUCUCUAAUAAUCCCUUGUUACUGACAGAAAAUUAAUAAAAUAUUUUUUAUACAUGUAGUUAUGUAACAGAUUAAGUACUAAGAGACUGUUCAUAUUUUUGUUAUUUGUAGCCAAUGGAAGGAAUAGAUUUUUGUUUCUUCACUGUCAUACAAUGCCUUCUGAAAAACAUCACAAAACUUCACAGCUUUGAGGAAAAGUUUUUGAGAGUUUUUCUCAGGAAUUGACUGUAGGUAGUCCUCUUUUCCAGGAGCAAAUUUGGAAUUUGAAAGUUAUCUUAACAGAUUGCUAGCUAAAAUAUUUGACAGGAAAGCCCACUUUGGGAUUGUUUUAUUUAUUUACAUUAAAGAUCUGCAAAACCUUUA